AUGGCUCUAACCGACUCUGGCGAGCCCACCAAAUUUGUGAUCAAGAAAGGCGCUGACGUGUCACUCACCAUGGACACCAGCGGCGCCACGUGGACCAAUCACACGCUCUCCGAAUUCAAACGCGCCAAGUUGGGCAAACAGCCACCUCCCCCUCCCCUCGGAUACACCUACGAAAGUGUUGGCGCUUGGCUAAGCGUCAGUGGUUACAUAGCGGAUAACGGGCAGACGUAUAAAGAGCUUAUGGAUGCCAUGCUAGCUGCUCAUGAUGCCUAUUCUGCUCUCAUCUACACCAAGACGUUCGAGGCCGUGAUGCGCCCACCUGCUCCUCUGUGCGCCCACCUGCUCCUCUGUGCCCUCACCUGCUCCUCUAUGCCCCCACCUGCUUCUUUGUGCCCCCACCUGCUUCUCUGUGCCCCCACCUACUUCUCUGUGCCUCCACCUGCUUCUCUGUGCCCCCACCUGCUUCUCUGUGUCCCCACCUGCUUCUCUGUGCCCCCACCUGCUUUUCUGUGCCUCCACCUGCUUCUUUGUGCCCCCACCUGCUUCUCUGUGCCCCCACCUACUUCUUUGUGCCUCCACCUGCUUCUCUGUGCCUCCACCUGCUUCUCUAUGCCUCCAUCUGCCAAGACGUUUGAGAACGGUGCGGCGAGUGGUGCUUUCUUCUACAUCAACAGGGGUGGUGGUGAUUAG